CUUUAUAAGCCAAAUAAAAGGAAUAUAAUAAAGAUGAAUAAAAAUUAGCAUCGUAUCUAGUUAGAAAAAUAAUAGAGCCUUAUUAAACGAGAAUGAAUGACUUACUCCCACCACAAUUUCAAAAUCCAUGGUUUUAUGAGCAAACUUUGGUUUUCCCUCUAGCUAAAGGAUAAUCGUUUAGUCGUUGCUUACAAAAACAAGUCUUAUAAUGCUGCGUCCUCAUAAAAUUCGUGGCUUUCAACUUCAUUCUUUGAAUAUUACCAGGCCCAUUAUCACGAAGGCUCAUUUGGGAAGGAAGCAUAAGGCAUUAAGCCUUGGUUUAAGUAUAACAGGCCUUGGUCUCGUUGGUUUGGUUGGGUACGCUUGGAAUCAAGAUCGACACGAGAAAAAGCCAACAAAGACUGGAGUGAGCGUGGAAGGUCCAUGGCACUUUUAUGUAUUGAGCACAUUACCUUUAAGAACGCUGUCCAGGUGGUGGGGAUAUGUGAAUCGAGUGGAAAUUCCUCUGUAUUUGAGGAAUCCCGGAUUCCGUUUAUAUUCAUGGUUGUUUAACUGUGAUUUGAAAGAAGCUGAAAUACAAGACCUAAAGCAAUAUAGAAAUCUUGCUGAAUUCUUUACAAGAAAGCUAAAGCCCGGUUGUCGCCCUAUCGAUUCUGAGGCAAUUCUUGUUAGCCCAGCAGAUGGAAAAGUGCUUAAUUACGGAGUCAUCGAGGGAGGUCACUUGGAACAAGUGAAGGGAUUAACUUACUCUUUAGAGGCACUAUUAGGGCAAGAACAUUUGGCCCGCUUAAAAAAGGCCCAUGCUAUUCCUUCGCCAGAACACAUUCCACAUAUUAGCCAAGAGGAAUUCGCUCUUGUAAAUGGUAUAGAGUACAGCUUACAAGAUCUAAUGGGGCAUGAUAACGAAUAUUCUCAAAAUUCUAUCAAAGAUGCUAGUGCUAACCAAGUCGAUUUGUUGAACUCUACGAAAGUCGCCAUGCGCUCUACUUUUGAUUUCUUGCGCUCCCGAGAUCAAAACCUUUUGUAUUAUGCUGUCGUCUAUUUAGCUCCUGGUGACUAUCACCGAUUCCAUUCGCCUACUGAUUGGGUUGUAGAACGAAGAAGGCAUUUUUCUGGAGAAUUAUUCAGUGUUUCGCCCUACAUGGUAAGUAAAUUGGGAAAUCUUUUCGUUUUGAAUGAAAGAGUUGCUAUGCUUGGACGCUACAAGUACGGAUUCAUGAGCAUGAUUCCAGUAGGUGCUACAAAUGUUGGAAGUAUCCGCAUCAACUUUGACAAAGAACUCUGUACAAAUCAAUUUGGAAAGCUGGGCCCCACUGGUACAUAUGACGAGGCGGUAUAUACGAAAUCUUCUGCAAUUCUACAUGGACAUCCAUUACUAAGGGGCGAGGAGAUUGGAAAUUUUGAGUUAGGAAGCACCGUUGUCCUUGUUUUUGAGGCGCCCGCGAACUUUCAAUUUGAUAUCCAACGAGGUCAACAUGUAAAAGUAGGCCAAUCAAUAGGCAACUUAAAAUCAGAGCCAUGAGACUUACUUCACACAUUAUCCUUUCUUUUCUGUUACUUUACCAAUUUCGCUUUUGGAAUCUGAAUUUUUGUUAUUAAUUGUAUGAUAAUUCUAAACAUAUAAUAAAAUACUUGUUUGCCCA